AUGGAUUAAGCAAAAAAAUUUCAUUAUCAAAAAUCAGUUGAGUUGAAGAAAUCAUAUCUGAUUAUAAAUAAACAGGAGUUAUAAAAGAUAAUUAUGUUGAUUUUGAUAAUAGAAACAACUAAUAAAUUGUAUCUAAUUUUGAGGGAAAAUUAAAAGAAAGAGCAUUAGAAAUCAUAGAUGCCAAACUAAUGAAAUAAAAUAUACUUAGUUUAGUUUUCAAAUUAAAUAAUUAUAAUAUACUUCAUCUGGAGAACAAUUCAUACUUGGUUUAGAAGAUGGCUCAAUUUUAAUAUAUAAGGAUGAUCCUCAAAUCUUAAAAACAUACGAACAAGUUUGCUAUGAUACAUUUGCAAAAAAUCCUCUUUUGUAGGCCUUUUGCUAUGAGAUUUAGUAAUCGAAAUUUGAAACUAAUUAAAGGGAAUUUUGAAAAGUUAUUGUCUGAAAAGGGAGUUAUAGCUUGA